AUGCUACCUAUACUAAGAUCCACCGCCUCCAGUUGUGCAAGGAGGUCUACCAUGCCAGGUUUCACCCGUCUGCUCUCCACCACCAGCUCCAUAGCCAAAUCUACUUACCAAACACCAGAUUUUGACGACGUGUUGAAAGAACACGGCAAUUCAGACAAAUCCAGAUCGUAUGCAUACUUCAUGAUCGGGUCCAUGGGGCUCCUAUCCUCCGCCGGUGCCAAGUCCACCGUAGAAACAUUCAUCUCUUCCAUGUCUGCAUCAUCAGAUGUCCUUGCUAUGGCUAAAGUGGAGGUCAACUUAUCCUCAAUCCCCUUGGGGAAGAACGUCGUUGUCAAAUGGCAGGGGAAACCAGUCUUUAUCAGACAUAGAACACAAGGUGAAAUCGAUGAGGCCAAUGAGGUCCAGAUGAACGAGUUGAAAGAUCCACAAUUGGAUUCAGAUAGAGUGAAGCAACCCGAGUGGUUGAUCAUGCUGGGGGUCUGUACCCAUUUGGGUUGUGUCCCUAUUGGUGAAGCUGGGGACUUUGGAGGUUGGUUCUGUCCUUGUCACGGGUCACAUUAUGAUAUCUCAGGAAGAAUCAGAAGAGGACCUGCUCCAUUAAACUUGGAAAUCCCUCAAUACGAAUUGGAUGGUGAUAAAUUGAUUGUUGGUUAG